AGUCCAAACUCCAAAAGCCCUUUCUUUCACUCUCUCAUCUCACAUAUAUAUACCCCCUCCCACCAACUCUCCCUUUUUCUUCUUCACGCUCUAAACCCUCAAACCUUCUUUCUCUUUCUCUCUCUCUCCAUUCUUUCUUCUUAUUAUUGUUCUCUCAACUUACUUUAAUAAUGUCUCGCCUUGCUUUCUUCCUCCUUGCCGCCUUACUGGCUACCGUCUGUGUCGGUCAAGCCCCAUCACAAGCACCCGCUCACGCUCCACGUGCCACCCCUAAAACCUCUCCGUCUCCCAAGGCUGCUCCUCCCACCGCCACCUCCACCGCUCCUUCACCUCAGCUCGCUUCUCCGCCGGCCUCAGCUCCCACCACCGCCACUCCCCCCGCCGCCUCUCCCACCGCCUCCCCUACCGAGUCACCUCCAGCUCCUCCAACCUCUCCCUCCGCCUCUCCCGGCGCUGCCAAUGCCCCCACCGCAGCUAACGGCCCCUCCAUUGGCCUUCCACCUGCCGCCGGCGCCCCCGGUUCUUCCACUACUAAGAGCGCCGCUCCACUCCGCACAGUCUCCGUCGCCGGAUCUGUGGUCGCCGCCGCAGUUAUCAUGCUUGUGAUGUAGAUCUGAAACCUUAGCUUCUGUGUAUGGUUAGGGCAUGGUUCUUGUUAGUGUUACUGUUAUUCAGUUCGAGAUUAUGUUCAGUUCGAGUUAGAUACAUUAUUAUUGGACAUUAGUUUUUUUUAAAUAUUUUUUUAGUAUUUAAUAUUUUGAUUAUGAUUUGUGUUUAGUCAUGGACGUUGAUGACAGUGAUAUGUUCGAGAUCUUCUGUUUUAGGGUUUGAAUGAUUUGGAUAGCUUCAUUCACUUUAGACUAUCAUUAUUAUUAUUAUUAUUAUUAUUAUUAUUAGCAUUUUAUUCA